CACAUUGCUUUUGCCUACAUUUCCAUCAUGGCUGCAAGGGGAAAAAACAAUGUCUUACAAACGCGUUAGCUCUGGGAUUCUGUCUUUGUGUAUCUAAAUGAAGCAAAUCAAAGAAGACUAAAGAAUAGCAUUCACUCGAAUACUUAUUUAUCUGUCCACUUACGUAGCUCCUGUGAUUUUGGAAUGUUUCGGCGCGGCGCAGGAAAGAGGGAUCACAACAACAAGCCGGUGAAAAAGGAUGUGAGUGACAGCGAUAAAUAUGCAGACCUCCUUGUUUUCGGCUAUGCGUGCAAGGUGUUCCGAGACGACGAGAGGGCUCAAUUCCACGAGCAUGGCAAACAUCUUAUCCCGUGGAUGGGAGACAAGGACAUCCUGAUUGAUAGGUCGGUUGAACAAACUCAAAAGGAACCGUUAUCCUAACCAACUUUCCUACCCUAACCAGCUAGCUAACGUUAGCAUGCCAGCUAACGUUAGCUUAUCAAUAUAAUGUAUUUUGAACUGAAGGGGACAGUUCCGAUGUUAUUUUACAGAAGGCAACAUGUUAUUUAACAUCUGACAUAGAUAACGCUGUUGAUAAAACAUCAAUUUAUUUAGUUUGCGUUGAGUGUGAGUUCAAAGAAUGGCUUUUAGGUUUUAGGCCCGAUGUUAACAUGUCAAGACGCAUUGUCCUUUCCAGUUGAGACCGGGCUCUGCUCAGCUGCCAAUCUUGCUGGUCAUUCUGCUCUCUGCUUACUCUUCCGCCAGUGUCCUGGUGCCGCAGGGAGGCCAAUGCGUCUUGACAUGUAUGACGAAUUUGCUCUGGUAGUUUCAUUGUUCAAAUAUAAGCGGUUUAUUUGCAAAGGUACAAUGAUACCAAGCUAUGGAAUGUUCAGCCGUAGGCCUGUUAAAUGAAGUUUUCUUCGCUUCGUAUUUUGGACAUCUUAUGUGACUAUGGUGAAGACCACCAGAGCACUUUCAACAAAAAACAACUGUUGCCUACGCCUAUGUGUGCAAUCUUGUGUAUUUACGCUCAUGUUUAAUAAUAAUGUAAGAAUGUUAACAAUGUACUCCACUAGCUUAUAUUUUUUAGCUUAUAUUUUUGAUCCUCUAACCAAACUCUCUUGCAGGCAGUGGGAUAUUGUAUUACUGUAUUCCCAUCCAAUGUAAAAUGUUCCUUUAGGAACUUUGGAAACAAACUCACUUUUCUAUUAAACCGGGAGCUGGAAUCCUUUUGUUGGCCUCCCCAAUCCUUCUGAGCCUACCUCCUAUUUCCAAUGUAUGUGUGUGUGUCUCUCUGUCACGUAACAUAGACCUUAUGUCCCCAGCGAGGUAGGCUAAGGGGUCCCACCAGACCCCGAAUACCAACCCCAGCACCCACUUCUCUCUUUCGAUGAAGAAACUGGAACUGAGAGGUGGCGUAGAGGAGCGAACGCAGCAAAAUAUCGUCCGUUUGGGUUCUUACGGCUAGGUACGAUGGGCGCGGUCACUUGCAUGACCUCUCUGAGUACGAUGCGGGCUCGUGGAACAGGGACUACCAGCUGUCAGAGGAAGAGGCCCGGAUCGAGACCCUGUGUGAUGAAGAGAGGUACCUGGCCAUGCAUACAGACCUGCUGGAGGAGGAGGCACGACAAGAGGAAGAGUACAAGCGCCUGAGCGAGGCCCUGGCUGACGAGGGCACUUACAACGCCGUCGGCUUCCGCUACAGCGCUGACUACUACGACCCCUCACAACCCACUGAGGAGGAGGAGGCCAACAGGGAGAUGGCAGAGGAAGCCGAGUCGGAGGAGAAUGAGGAACCCUUUGUUGCCCCCCCAGGCCUGGUCAUCCCCCCCGAUAUGGAACUGCCGGCGACCACCAAGACCCACGCCAUCAUCGAGCGGACCGCCAACUUUGUGUGCCAGCAGGGGGCGCAGUUUGAGAUUGUCCUGAAAGCCAAGCAAUCUGGGAACUCUCAGUUUGACUUCCUGCGUUUCGACCACUACCUGAACCCUUACUACAGACACAUCCUCCGCGCCAUGAAGGACGGCCGCUACGUCCGACCCUCUGACAGCAAGCAGGACCAGUCUCAGGAAUCCCAGUCCGAUUCAGACGACGACGGCGACGGCAACUACCUCCACCCGAGCCUGUUCGCUCCGAAGAAGAGCUCUCGUCUGGAGGAGCUGAUGAAGCCUCUACAAGUCAUGGACCCGGACCAUCCCCUGGCAGCGCUGGUGAGGAAAGCCAAGCAGGAACAGAAUGGAGCCGCCGCCGCCGCUGCCGCCGCCAUGGUAACCCGUCUGGAGGAAGUGGCAGAGCCAGCCGUGACCACGACUCCAGCAGAGUACGCUGCUGACUCCAAUGUAGCCGCAAUGUAUUAUGGGUAUUGUAUGCUUCCCGACGGGAGUUACUGCUUAGCCCCGCCUCCGCCGGGCAUCGACGCCAACGCCUACUACAGCUCCCUACCCUCUGGCAUGAUGGGACAGGCCUCCUGCACCGGAGCCCCGCCUCCUCCCGGGACCACGCCCCCUCCGCCUCCCGAGCCAAUCAUCACAGCAGCUCCGGUCGCAGCCCCUCACCAGCGUGCCCCCGUCCCCACGCCCCCUGUCGUAGCAGAGACCAGCUCCAAGCCCCAGGCCCCAGCCCCUGCUCCAGCCCCUGCUCCAGCCCCAACCCCUGCCCCCGCCCCAACCGCAGCCAUCAUCCCUCCGCCCCCUGACAUCCAACCCGUCAUCGACAAGCUGGCCGAGUACGUGGCCAGGAACGGCGACAAGUUUGAAACCAGCGUCCGCGCCAAGAACGACCCACGGUUCGACUUCCUGCAGUCCUGGAACCAGUACAACACCUAUUACGAGUUCAAGAAGCACUACUUCAUGCAGAAGGAAGCAAACAGCCGGCCAGAGAGAGCCUCCAAUCCCUACACCGUGGGGCCGGAGGAAGAGGAGGCAGACGACAAACCGCUGAAAGAUGCCAAGCUAAUUAAAGGUACACAGACACAGACCCCAGCCCGUCACGGCUGACAUUUCCCAGAGUAGCUCUCUCUCUG